GCUGUAUUUAUGACGUUAUGGAGCGCGAGGUGUGACGUAAUAAAGGAUUAAUAAGACUAAAUCCCUCAAUAACAAAAUGAAACGGAAACGAAAGGCGAGAAAAACUUAUUGUUCCAAGAAAGUCAAGGUUUCUUCACCAGACAUGGAUUGUCUUCCAGACAGCAUCGUCCUUCAAGUAUUCUCAUACUUCUCGCAGACACAGCUAUGCUCGUUAGCUCUGGUCUGCAAACGAUGGAAACGACUUGUCUAUGAUGGAUCAUUAUGGCGUCAAGUCAGUUUAAACAGAUUGAAAUCAUAUGAUAUAGACAACUUAUUAGGAAAUCCAAUUGGAAGGCAACUUAAAAAACUUUUUUUUUGGAAAUGCGGUGUCAGCCCUGACAAUCUGGUCACCCUUGCUGAAUUCUGCCCGCAGCUUCAAGAACUUUAUUUGAGGAGAAACACUAUUAAAGAACCUAAAAAACAGCUUCCAAAGGCUGUUUUUCCUGAGCUUCUUGUUCUAGACGCGAGAGAACUUCAAGGAUACGUAGGGCAUGUGUUGCAGAUAGUAGCUUCUGCACAGAAUAUCGAGAUGGUUGCUAUUGAUAACACCAUGGAUGGGUUCUUUGAUCCUUAUGUCUUUAACGAUGCAACGCACCUCAAAGUACUGGAUUGUUCUCGCUGUAUGGACAUAGAGGAUGAGGAUAUAGCUACUAUUGCUUUCUCAUGUCCAAAUCUUCAGUCUCUGUCACUGAUGAGAUGUUAUAACAUCGAGGGCACCUCGUUACCCAGUCUUUUUCUUCAUUGCUUAUCCCUCAAAUCCUUAUCAAUAUCAUACACUCACGUGACUAACCGCGUCAUCGAAGCUUGCGCAUUAGAAAACAGUUGUCUUGAAGAGUUAGACAUGUCGCAUUGUCCUGGUAUAAGCAGCUCUGGUGUGUAUUCAGUCACAUCACGGCUCAAAGACAUGGUUUAUAUUAACAUCAAUGGAUGUAGUUUUGGCCCAGGCAUUGACAGUCAAGUAGUUAGAACAUUAACACAGUAUGCUUCAUUGGAAGUAUUAGAUCUAGAUGUUAUCGAAGGACAACAUGGCGCAGAUGAAGAUUUGGUUACCAUUACACAACGUUGUAGCAGUACUUUGGAGGUUUUGAGAGUCAACAAAGGAUUUGCAACGGCUUCAGGACUAAAGAUUUGCCUUAAGAACCUACCAAAUUUAAAACGGUUCGGAAUCGUCAACUACCGCCAGGACUAUCUUGAUCGUGGGAUGGAAAUUGAACGAGUGCUGAACAGUCUUGCUAAGUUUAACCCCAAGCUUGAAAUACUCGAGUUAAGUGAUUACAUGGAUAAGGAGUCCGACAAGAAAACUAACGCAUUCAUUCGACUGAUGUUACGCUGUAAAUAUCUUCAAAAGAUCUCGAUAUUUACCUUCAAUAGAGACAUGUUUGUGAUGGCAGCGGAGGCCAGAGUCAAGGCAAAUAGAAAAGACAUUCGAUUGGUGCAGCCCACAAUGAUUUGUCCCACUCCUAGGGUAGUUACCACUCUUCCUCGCAUGUGUUUCGAUCGGUUAGUAUACGGAGAUGAAGCCCUGUAUGAUGAUGACCCGUGGAGAGCCAAAAAAUAUUACUGAUUGAUCCAAACACAUUAUUAUAUGUACAGAGUUGAUAAUCUAUUAAUGUAAAUGAAUUUAUUAGGGCAAUAAAAUACUUAUAUUUGGG